AUGGCCUGGGACUCCCUGUGCAGCAGGGACUUACUGCGCCCCAAGAUAAGAAGUGCCUCAAGCCGGAUGCCUGGCAGACAGAGCAGUGCCGAAACACCAUCCCUGGAGGAGCUGCAGCGCCUUCUCUGGACACGCACACACCCCACGGGGCACGUGGACGAAGUCUGGCCAAACCUUUACGUGGGAGACCUGUAUGUUGCUCGUGACAAAGCGCAGCUGAGCCGAAUGGGCAUCUCCCAUGUUGUGAAUGCUGCUGCCGGGCGAUUUCACAUCGACACUGGACCCAAGUUCUACAAAGACCUGCUUGUGGAUUACUACGGAGUAGAAGCAGAGGACAACCCAAACUUUGAUCUCAGCAUUUACUUCUACCCAGUUGCUCGAUACAUAAGAGCAGCACUGAAUUCCCCAAGAGGCAAAGUACUAGUUCACUGUGCAAUGGGAAUCAGCCGAUCUGCAACUCUUGUCCUCGCUUUCUUAAUGAUCUGUGAAGAUAUGUCCCUCGCUGACGCAAUUCAGACUGUGCGGUCACACAGAGGGAUCUGCCCCAACUCCGGCUUCCUCAAGCAGCUUCGGGAGUUGGACCUCCAGUUAGGAAGAAGGAAAGGCAGAGGAGCAGAGGCCUGCUAG